CGUUUAAAUAGUCCUCCUCUUCUCUCUCCACCUCACCACCUUAACCCUUUCAUCUAUCAAGAGGGCACCCGUCACCGUCGACAGUUGCCUCGUCUUGGUUCGGGCAUAUCGGAGGUCUUAAGAGAAGACGAAAAAGCACCGACAUCAUGUCUGCAAAGACGGCAGAUGCUACCCAGCCUCGUGCUGGUGACAUCAAGAAGGUUCACAUUGCCGACACUGCCAUGACACGGAGCAACUGGCACAAGCAUGUCAACUGGCUGAACGUGUUCCUUAUCAUCGGUAUUCCUGUGUAUGGAUGUGUCCAGGCUCUCUGGGUGCCUCUGCAGCUCAAGACCGCCAUCUGGGCCGUCAUCUACUACUUCUUCACCGGACUGGGUAUCACCGCAGGAUACCAUCGUCUGUGGGCUCACUGCUCCUAUUCCGCUCGUCUUCCCCUCCGUAUCUGGCUCGCUGCUGUUGGCGGUGGUGCCGUGGAAGGUUCUAUCCGCUGGUGGGCUCGUGACCACCGCGCUCACCACCGUUAUACCGAUACCGAAAAGGAUCCCUACUCAGUCCGCAAGGGCUUGCUCUACUCCCACCUUGGCUGGAUGGUGAUGAAGCAGAACCCCAAGCGUAUUGGCCGUACCGAUAUCUCCGAUCUGAACGAAGACCCCGUCGUGGUGUGGCAACACCGGAACUACCUCAAGGUCGUCUUCACCAUGGGUCUGUUUGUGCCUAUGCUCGUGGCUGGUCUGGGCUGGGGUGACUGGUGGGGCGGCUUCGUCUAUGCUGGUAUCCUGCGUAUCUUUUUCGUCCAGCAGGCAACUUUCUGCGUCAACUCCUUGGCUCACUGGCUCGGUGACCAGCCAUUUGAUGACCGCAACUCUCCUCGCGACCACGUUAUCACUGCCCUUGUCACCCUCGGUGAAGGAUACCACAACUUCCACCACGAAUUUCCCUCUGACUACCGUAAUGCCAUUGAAUGGCACCAGUAUGAUCCCACCAAGUGGAGCAUCUGGAUCUGGAAGCAGCUCGGCCUCGCCUAUGACCUCAAGCAAUUCCGUGCCAACGAGAUCGAGAAGGGCCGUGUUCAGCAGCUCCAGAAAAAGAUCGACCAGAAGCGUGCCAAGUUGGACUGGGGUGUUUCUCUCGACCAGCUUCCCGUUAUGGAGUGGGACGACUACGUCGAGCAGGCCAAGAAUGGCCGUGGUCUUAUUGCCAUUGCCGGUGUUGUUCACGAUGUGACUGACUUCAUCAAGGACCACCCUGGUGGCAAGGCCAUGAUCAACUCUGGUAUCGGCAAGGACGCCACCGCCAUGUUCAACGGAGGUGUCUAUUAUCACUCCAACGCUGCGCACAACCUGCUCUCAACCAUGCGGGUUGGUGUCAUUCGCGGUGGCUGUGAAGUCGAGAUCUGGAAGCGCUCUCAGAAGGAGAGCAGCGACUACGUCCGUGACAGCACCGGUCAGCGGGUCAUCCGCGCUGGUGAACAGGUUACGAAGAUUCCCGAACCUAUUCCCACUGCCGAUGCAGCAUGAAGUCGCUAUUUAUAUACUUUCCUGUGAUGUAUGAUUGUCUUGAUAUUGCAUUCUUUUUUCUCCACGGGUCAUGUCUUUAUUUAGCACCAUGGGCGUUCAUUAUACAACACUUAAUUGUAUGGGAUUCGGAGUUGGGUUUCGGUUUAGCAGCAAGAUGACGAGAGACUUGAUUGAGUCGAGGUUUAUUCGCGUCCUUUAUAAAAGCGACAGGGUCAGAACAUACUUACGUGUUCAACGAAAAUAGAUGAUGAUAUCCACCUGAUAUAUUGUGCACAUUACCGUAGAUCUUGGUAGACCGUCCUUUCUAUUGUAUUCAUCAUCCUAGAGGACUCCUUUCUUAUUUAAAGUUGAAGUUCAAUUUUGCGGUGGGAGAGAAAAGUCACCUGGC